UUCCGUAUUCUUGCGCUGUUUAACACUACACUUAAUGCAUUUCGUUUAGAACAAAAUUAAGACAAAUCUAUAAAAAUGACGGAGGUUACUGAUUUUAGUGAGCAAAUAUCCAAUGGAAAGAACAUAUUAAAUGUGCGCUGCCAGUUCUGCAAUAGUUUGAUGCUCAAGGCCCAAGAGGGAACCUACAGCCAGGAGGAAGUGGAAGUGCCCCUGAUGAUGCAAAAACAGGACAGGACGGCGGACAGUCUGAACAGCGAGCCACUGAAGGACUUUUGGCUGGUCAAGGACAUGAUGAUGUUCGAGAAUAUUGGAUUCUCCAACACGGUGGAUGGCAGGAAGUUCCUGGUUUGUGCGGAUUGCGAGCGAGGACCAGUGGGCUAUCAUGAUCUGAGCACCCGCCACUGUUUCCUGGCCCUCAAAAGAGUGGUCCACAAGGACUCCUAGCUGCCCCAACCUUGAACACUUAGCCCCGUCUAUUUGUAAUCCAUUUACCUAUACUAAAAGUCAGGUCUAUCAAGUGGAAUGUACAAUCUGCUUCGCUUAGCUGCUUGCUUAGGUAUUCUUUUCACGGAAUUUUACCUCAUUCUAAUUAAUUUGAGAGGUUUUUUUUUUCUGUAUUUCAUUAAAAUUUAGUACGACCCACAAAGGGAUUCUGUAUUUACCUCAAACUUCCUUGUCUUGAUAAAGAUGACUAAAAUAUUUAAGCCAAAGCAAAAGUUUCUUACAUUUUGUUGAAUUUAAAAACCAGGGAAAUAAAACGCUUGUUUCUGUAUAAUUUUUAUUAAAUUAAACGUUUUCAACUAGCAAUAAUACCAAAAAUAGCAGUCAUGAAUUCGUAAAGAUAAUGUAAGCAAAUCUUUAAAUUUGUUAAAAUAAACAUACCAUGGUUGCUUCAUUUGUGCUGUAAUUUUAAAAUCUAUUCCAAAAUUUAAAAUUUGAAAAUUUGUAAGGGAACAUUACUCUUUGGAAGCAAUUUUUAUAAUAAACUGCAUUUCAGUUUAGACAAUCAUCUCUGGGCAAUAAAAACAUUCGAGUUUUGUAUUCAUA